CAUAAGAUGGAUAGUAUUAUAUCUUGUUAGUUUUAUCUGUUAUUAUCUUAUCAGGUUUAUUUGUAAAUUCUAGGUAGUAAUAUCUAUAGAUCAUUGUUGGUAUGUCAUGGGGACCAGAAAAUUAAAAAAAUUGUAUCAGUUGUUGGGACUACUGAGUGUGUACGUGUAUCAAUCAGAUUGGUAGCUGAUAGCUUUUCAAAUUCCAAUUACGCAUUUGAACAAGUCAAUGAAAGCAUCAUUUAAACAAAAAUUGUAAACAAAACAUAAAUCAGACGGAGAAAUGAUUUCAUCACCAUGGGCCCCAGUUAGCCCUCCUAACUAUUACCCUUGUAGAGUAUGAUUAAGCCUGCAGACGGCCAAUGGAAUAGGGAAGAUGGAGAUGGGCACGAAUAUGGGAACCCAUUCAGUCCAUUCGCUGGAACUUGUGGAGAAUUAAAUAAUAGAAUAGUAGAGUGGUUGUGUUAUCAGUUUGGGGUCUGACUGAUUGAAAGAAAGAGCGACGGUGUGAAAAGUUGAACUGAUGGAAGAAGGGGAUGAGGGAAGGGAGCAGAAUAAGAGGGAUGAAGAAGAAGAAGAGGUAGGUGAGAUUGGGAAGAUUCCUGAUGAUGUGUUGAUAGAGAUAUUGGUGAGAGGGGGAAUAGGAGAGUGGGAGCAGAUAGCAUGCGUUAAUAAGCACUGGGCCAGUCUUCUCAGCUCUAAUUGUGAAUGCUUCUGGCAAGCUGCACUUUCCUACCAUUAUCCACUCAUGGCAGUCCCUUCUCUCCCUCUCCCUCUCCCAUGGCCAGGCCCCAUUCCUCUACCCAACAACUCCAAGACCAGAUUCACGGCUUUAUACAUUGCUCAACGCAUCUUUGCUUCUCAUCCUCACAAUUUGCAACUACACCAUCACUUUCACGAGAUCGUGGGCCACACUUAUCUCUUCUUGAAACACCAACUUCAACUUUUCAUUAUGCCUCCCCACAGUGGAAUUCUUCAUGGAACCAUCAUUGAUCAGUUCAUUGCCUGCGGCAAGUCCCGAGAAAUCGCCCACCAACUUGCUUCUCGGAUUUGGCUUGCUGUCCUCCACAAUUUGGACGACAACCACCACACAUUUUCCAUGCUUAAACGCCUUGCCCAUGAAGGGGAUGUUUUUCUUCCAUUCCCUUAUACCAGAUCAUUAGAAGUACAGUGGAGGGUGUUUGAGAAGCUUUUUACUGAUUUUCGUGAUUGCUUCAACCAAUCAGAUUAUUAUGAUAUGUUGGCAUGUGCCAAAAGCAGGUUUCCGCAUAUACCAUCUUCUUGGUUAGGUUACUAGCAGAUACCAAUGAACCUAACCUUUCUGCGGAUAAAAUGGCGCCUUUUUCUUUUAACAAAAAAAGUAUAUAUCUAUACCUUCAUUCACGUAUCUCUAGAAUGGACCAGCUCUGAGAUCCCAAUUGAUCACAUCAAACGCUUUUGCUCCCAUUUUUUUCUUGGUGCGUCCUUCGAUUUCAAGGGUGAUGUACUAUUAUAUUUAGAAUAUAAUUUAAAUGUGCUAUUGGAGUAAACAAAUUUUCUAACAUAUCUAAUGAUUUGUAGUAAUUGGAAC